AUGCCUCCCUCCCGCUCAAGUCUAACAAGCGACCACGAACGACUAGAGCCGCGGCUCCUCCGCGCCGCAGAAACAAACGACCCCGAAGCCCUGGCCCACACCAUCACCCUUGCGCGCGAAACCAACCAACUCAAUGAUCAGUUCCUGCGCAUCGGGCUCAUGCGCAGCGCGGAACGCGCCAACGCCGCCGCGACUAAAUACUUGCUUUCGAUCGGCGCGAAGACGGAUGUCACGUCGAAUAAACUCUCCCCGCUUCACCGCGCCGUGGAGCGGAAUCAUUAUGACAUUGUAGAGUUGUUGCUUGAUGCUGGGGCGUCGGCGGAUUGUGUGGAUAAAGAGGGGCGCACGCCGCUUAUGAUGGCGGCGUGGAGGAAUCACGCCCGCAUUUUGGGGCUGUUACUGACCCGUGGGGCCGAUGUUAAUAAAAGGGAUUUGCGCCGGAGGAAUGCGUUGCACAAUCUUGCUGCGGACAAAGAUUGUCGGUGGGGUUGGGGAGAGGAGGUGGUGCUGUUGUUGCUGGGGACUGAAGUUGCCGUGGCAGGAGAGAAGAGUGUGGAUGAGCUGGGACGGACGCCGUUGCAUUGGGCGUGUGCCAGUGGGAAUUGGAGGUUCGUGGAGUUGCUACUGGCGAAGAGCACUGGGAAGGGGAUGGAGAUUGAUGCGGUGGAGUUGAGAGGAAAGACGGCAUUACAUGUUGCGACUGCGCAUGAUCGCGUGGAUAUUGUGCUCUUAUUGCUGGAGCAUGGGGCUUCGGUGAAUGCUGCCAGUGAUGGUGGGUGGACGCCGUUGCAUAAUGCUUGUGAUAAGGGAUGCGAGGGCAUUGUGAGGAUUCUGUUGAAGGCUGGGGCCCUGCUGAAUGCGCAGUUGUUGAAUGGAGUGACACCUUUGCAUCUGGCGGCGCAGAGCGGACACCGAGAAGUGGUCGAGUGUUUGCUGGAGAGAGAUGAUUUGAAGAGGAGGGUCAGAGAUAACUUUGGGAGUACGCCGUUUCUCAGGGCGGCGCAGUUCAAGCGCAAGGAUAUUGUGUUGCUGUUGGCGCCGUUCAACAAUGUUGAGUCGCUGUCGGAUGAUAUCAAGGAUGCCUGUGCUGCGUUCGAUGCGACGGUUGUGGAUUUUGGCAACUUUCACAAUGAGAAUCGGGUCAAGCGCAUGUCUGUUUUUGAUCUGCUUUACGGCAGAGACCGGGAGAAUCCUCGCAAGCAGGCUGUGUCAACUAUUCCGACUGACAGUCGUGCGACGGACUUCCGCUGGAUUCAUUUACCGGCUAACAAUAUGGCCUGGGUGGAAGCUUUGCUGACCAAGUCAUUCAUUGAGGAGGGAGCUCACGAUGUGGACGGGUUCAAGGGCCUGGAGAAAUCGUUCAACUAUCAACACCGGGGUCAGCGGACUCACUCCCAUUUCAUGCGUCCAUUGUGUCAGAAUACACCGCGGACGAUGAUGCGGCGACACGAGGAAAAGAACGAGGAAGAGAAAGAGAAAGAGGAGGAAUCGUCAGAAGGACAAGCCAAAGCAGAGUAUUCAUCUCGCAAAGUAAAAGGCGGCAAGACGGAGCGAGUCGAUUCAUGGUCUCAGGAUGAGCCAGCGAAGAAAGGCAAAGGCAAUCAGAACCAGAACCAGAACCAAAGCCAGAACCAGAAGCGUGGCAAGUCGGGCAGCGCGCCAGGAACCCCCAAAAACGAGAAAGGAAAAUCCCCUUGGGGACUCAGCGAGAAACAGGCUCGAUCGUCGCCUCUAUCAUCGUCAAUGUGCAAAGACCCCCAUUCUCUUCUAUCCGCUUGCAACAUCUGUGUCUUCAUGCCAUAUCUUCACUUCGAGACAACAGAGCGAAGACAAAAGAUGCAGGAUGCGAUCCAACGCGCCGAAACGCUGGAAUUUCUUCCAGGAGGAAUGAAGAGAAUGCGUACAAGAGACGAAAUGCUCAUUGAUGCACAUCUCUCAUCUUCAACAACCUCCCUACACGUCCGCAGAACACUUGACCAAUUCUUCUACCCGAACAUCGAUACUAAGAGCCGUGACCAAGACCAAGUAGUAUACCGUUACCAGACUAAAAGCCCGGGAAUGGGCCACGACCCCAAGAUCUUCAUGGUUGACCAGCUGUGGAUGUGGAUUCUCGGCACGAACCUGAUCGUCACAGGUUUCCCACAGAGAUGGGACCAGCCCAAGAACGACCCGCUCAACGUGCUAGAUGGGAUCAUCGAGGAUAUCAACUCCAAGACUCGUGACCCGGUCAAAUCAGUAUAUGACUUGGCAAUCAUCAUCACGAACCGUUGCUCGGGAGUCUUCGAUCGCCACCGGCUAGGCGACGAGGAGUACCAAUUCCUGGAUAUGUUCGAAUCCUCCAUUGGUAUCGCAACGGACAAGGAAACACUGCUCUUCAACCAAUUCAACCACGCCUCGGUGCAAGCAUCCGACUGGCUUAAAAGCCACCGCAAGCUCAACGGAUCAUUCUCCAAGUCUGUAGAUGAAGAUGGCCUGACGAGCGAUUACUGCGACGAAGACGGUCAACCACUCUUUGUCGACCGACUCCUAGAUAUCGGACAAGAAACAGAUCUCUUAGCCGAAACAAAAGACAUCCGUGAUGAACUAAACAUGAUUCGCACAGUACUGGAACAUCAAAAAUACGUCCUUAUCGAUUUCCAAGACGUUAUUUGCGAGACAUAUCAAGGCCAGCAUCGUUCACAGGUCGAAGUCAAAAAACGGUUCAAGGACCAGCAGCGUGUGAUCGAUAUGCACCUCAAAGAUAUCGAUCGCAUGGAUAAACAGGCUGAACGUAUCUACCACUCCAUCACUGACCUGCUUGAUCUCAAACAGAAACAUGCCAAUGCGUUUGAGGCUCGCUUUGCGCGCGAUCAGGCGGCUGGUACUACACGCCAGAGUAAGACGAUUAUGGUCUUCACCAUUGUCACGAUUGUCUUCUUACCGCUGUCGUUUAUCACGUCCAUUUUCACGAUCAAUCUGAAAGAAUUUAAUAAUUUGAAUCUUGGCUAUGUGGCCAAGUAUACUUUUGGCAUUGGCUUUGCGAUCUCCAUCCCGCUUGUCUGGGUUGCCCUAACCGUUGACGACAUUGGUGGUUUCUUCCGUGUGGGUAGCCGGCGCUGGCGGGCUGGGCGGAAGAAGGCUGCUGCGCCGGUUGAACGAGAAGGUGUGCUACAGACGUUGGAGAUGGAGAAGAUUAUCAGCUUGUCGCGGAUGCGUCGCAGCGUGGAUGUUGAAUAUGGGGGGAAUUUACUGCCUGUCUCGACACGCGGCUCUGUCGUGUCUCGGGGACCAGCUUCAUAUGCGAAUGGAUUGGGCAAUGGGAGGAAAAAUUAUGAUGCUCGAUCUAGUAAUGACUACAGAUCACGAUGA